GCCUCCAAGCAAGGUUUCUGGGAGCUUCUUGGGCUGGAGCUGGGCUUUAGUGCUCGAGAGAGGCUUGGAGGAGACUGCAGCUGCUGCCACCAUGUGUGAGGAGAUAAAGACGACUGUGCAGAGACACACACAGAGCCCCAUGUACAGCAAGGAGGACCUGAACAGGCUCAACCAGGCCAUCCAGCGGCUGACGGUGGAUGUGGAUGGCACCAAGGAUCAGUCUUGUGAACCAGAAAGAGCCUGGGACCUCACAGCUCUGCAGGCAGAAGAGGCCUCAUGCAGUGCUAAGGACAAGCUGGCCUAUCUGGAGGCUGCUCUGCAACGGGCCAAGCAGGACAUUGCAAAACAGCUGCGUGAGUACCAGGAACUCAUGAUUGUCAAGCUGGGCCUGGACUUUGAGAUCGCCACCUACCGCAAGCUACUGGAGGAAAGCAGGCUCAGUAUGGAAUUUGGGGCCGGGAGUGUGGGUAAGUACACAUUUGUACCUGGGGUAGGGAGGUUGGUUCUUAUACACCAGCCCCUUCCAAUGUGCAUGCAUUAUCUCCCUUUACCCUUCUAGGAGUGCAAAGGUGUUUAUGAUGGGUCCGUCUGUGCAGCUUGUUUUUGUGGGGAUGUUUCUGCUCUUGAGGGAGAUUCUUUGAGUGUAUAGGGGGAAGUGCUUUUGCUCCUUUGGGGCAGUUUGCAUACCUGUUUUGGGGGAGGGAAAGUCUGUUUAUCUGUCCCCUGGAGAGGCCUAUAGGCGGGUCUUUUGCCCCGGGUGGGGAUGGGAAGGCUCCCUCUUUCCCACACUGCUCUCUGCCCAGCAUCGGGCAGCGCAGCGCUCCGGGCCAGUAGGCCCAGCUCCCAGCUCGGCCUCUGGCCCCACAUGCCUGCUCGCGCCAGCUCGGCUAUCCUGGACACGAGCGCUCCUGGCGGCGGCUGCGUGCUCUGCAGCUCUCUGGGCCGCGCUGAAGGAUUGAGCGGCUUCCAGGGAUGCUGACUGCUUUCUGGAGCCCCAGUUUCUACCACAAAGCCUUGACCUCUUGUCUCAGAUACCUCUCCCGUGGAGCUAGCCCUCUCCCUCUUACCCACAUCCCAGGGUGUAAAGUCUUGAACCAUAGCUUACACAAUGGUGAGACCUGACCCAGAGCAGACAGCCUGGGCACUGGUGCCACUGGAUGGGCAGGGUCUGUGGCUUCCUGGGACCCAAGACCCUGCCCUCUGAAUCAACCCACCCCUUCU